AUGUCAUCGUCCGUUUGGGGCAGAAAAAUAUGCAAAACUCGCUGGAAUAGCAUUAGGGAUAACUAUCGAAAAUCUAUUAAAAAAACAACAAAUGGUCAAGCAUUUAAAAAAAUUAAAAAAUAUAAAUAUGAUGAUCAGCUUCAGUUUUUAAAGCCUCAUUUACAAGAGAGGGAUACUUUAGGAAAUUUAAAAUAUGUGAAUAACGAUGAUUUAGAGAAUUCUAGUAAUGACAGUGAGGACGAUGUGGAAAAUGUUAGCACAGUUCAAAAUAUUGAAAUUAAUAUUAGUGGCAAUACAGAUGGUGAAGAUCAAUUACCAAAAACUCCAGAAUAUCAAUCUGCAGUUCGCAAAUGUACAAAAAAACGUACAACCAAAACUCCGGAAUCGGCUUCGAGUACUUUAAUGAAGUAUAUAAUGCAAAAAAGAGAAAAUGAUAUAGCUAAUACUAUACAAACCCAUUCUGUUGAUGCUUUUUUAGCAGGCCUUUCACCCACACUCAAAUCAUUUACGCCAUACUAUUUAAACAUAGUGAAAUCAAAAAUUUUUUAUAUAGUUCAAGAAUAUGAAAUGCAAAUGAUUGUAGACCAAGAAAAGAAAAAAACAACUUUUAUGACACCAUAUCCCACACAAUUGCUACGCCCCGUUUAGUGCGACGUCACUCCCUUUCGCGACAACAUACGUCCUUCGUCGCAC